AUGGCCAACUUGGAUGUGGCUGAAAGCAACUUGCAAUGCCACUUUGGCAUCGCGGGCCCAGUCGCGGCGACUGUGAUUAACGCAACGACGACAACUUGCCGUGUCCCGACGCUGUGGCUUCCAUCCGACCUCCACGUCACCGUAUCUCUGGGGUUUGCCAGCGUUGAGCCACUUGCCUCUCUCCCAUUCACCUUUUUCGCUUCUCGCGCGAUCAAGUCGAUAACACCCGGAAAUGGAUUUGGUGGCGACACUGUUCUGGUAGCACUUGACCGGCCCCUUCCAAUGGAGUUUCAGAGUGUGCGAUGCGUCUUCGGCGACCUCUCGUCCCCUGGACAAGUCGCGCAAGAGAAUACCUCCACCGUGUCGUGCGUGGUCCCGAUGACAGACUCUCCGGCAUCUGUCCACGUCGCGUUGCUGGUUGACAACCAACUUGCAUCUACCACGCUGAGGUACUUCACGUACAAAGACCCGCCGACGCUGCUUGGUCUUGAGCCAGUUCGUGGUGACGUCAAUACCACCGUGGUGAUCCGCACAAACGGACCGGUUUUACCAAAUCUGUUGUGUCAAUUUGGUUCUAGCAUCACUCAAGCAACAACGCAUCUCGACGCGUUCGAGGUUGAAUGUGCGGUGCCUCCAUCGACACAGUCAGGAAUUGUGCAAGUGCAGCUGUUGUACGAGCGCAGACCCUAUGCAACAAACUCGUUGACGUUUGAGUACGUACAAACUGGAAUGGUCACGCAUGCUUUCCCGGUCGUCGGGUUGGUCCAAGCCAGCACCACGAUUCAGUUUGAAGGCACAGGAUUCUCGACCGCGCUAUCAUGUCAAUUCCACAGCGAUGUCUCCAACCUGACUCUCGCGGUAAGGGCUCUUGUGCUGUCCGAAUCCAUUGCUCAGUGCGACGCACCGCCACUGCCGCCAGGCUGGAACAGCCCUGCCGUUGAAGUGUCUGUCCUGGAGUGGCAAACUGUUUUGUGGACCAUGCCAUUCCGCUACGUUGACGAAACCUCUUUGCACAUGGAACGCCACGAUCGCGUCCAAGUGCUCGGAUAUGGCUCUCCAUUUGUUGCACAAGCCAAAUGGGACUCGCUUCAUACAGACGGCAACAACCCUGUCGUGGCAUGCAGCUUUGACUUUGCAACUCAACGUGCGGUCUUUGUGGCGCCUGCGAUCAACAACGAUACGUUAUCGUGCACAGUUCCCACAGGGACUAUUGGCGUUGGUGUCGUGCGACUUCUCUGGCACGAAUACACGUUGUUGUCGUCUGACAUCGAAGUGGUUCCGCCCAGUAGAGUCGCUUCGUUCACACCCAUGGUAGGGACUUUCCAGGGGGGCACUUGCAUCCAGAUUCGUGGUGACAGCUUUCAUACGGCGCUGCUACUCCAGUGCCGAUUUGGCGGUACGACCACCGUCGAAGGGCAGUACGUAAAUGCAACCCUGGUGGAGUGUACGACUCCGCCGAGAUCACAACCAAGCACGUCCUCGACGUUGGAGGUUCUCGUGGGAAACCAAAUCCUCUCGCUGCCGCAUAACUUCACCUACCUUGACCCGCCGCAACUUGUCGGUAUCACUGAGGUUACGUCUUCUAGUGUUUCCGUGCAAGUGGAGUCGAAAUGGCAAGAUCGCGAGCCUCCCUCGGUCUAUUGCAGGAUGGAAAACGCCACGACGUUUGGCGAAUGGACAAACCAAUCGACCGUCGUUCGGUGCCGUCAUGACGGUGGCCAAGUCAUUACACUCAGUUGGAACUUGCAAGAGUGGAGCUCAGGCCUUCCAGUCCAGCCAACGUCGAGCCUGCGAUCGGUAUCGCCGGCGGUUUUGUUUUCAGCCCAAGCGGCACAGUUCAUUCGCAUCCACGGCCAUGGCUUGCGCGCUGCAUCCCACUGCUCGUUUGGAACCAAACGGCAAAUUGUCUUGAAUGCCACCGACGACUUGGUUUUUUGCGUCGUGGAUGGUGUCGAGAGUGGCGAAAUCGUCCCUAUCAGUGUCAGUGUGAACCGCGGUCAGACCUUUCUUGCGUCGUCUUUGACGGUCACCGUGCAACCAAGUCCCAUCGUGACUGCUGUGGUGCCUGCCUUUGGAUCGACGACAGGUGGUGCUUUGGUGGAAUUGCAUGGAUCGAAUUUCUAUCCAGGAGAAGUCGCGUGGUGCCAGUUUGGGAGUAUUGCAUCGCCUGGCUUCAUUCGAAACAGCACGGUUGCCACAUGCACAACACCCGUGCUUCCCGGAAAUGAGACCCAAGUUCCCCUGACGCUGUGGACAAGUGCCAACGACCUAUUCACCAACAUAUCGACGAACGCAAUCGUGUACGGCCUUGUUGAAAGCCCAAACCUCGACAGUGUGAUGCCCCGUCUCUUGUGGACUCUACGACCACAACAGCAAUUCCUGCGUGGCUCCAAUUUCAAAGAUACGAAGUGGUUGUCGUGCCAAUAUUCCAACGACUCGGGCGUAGUCGCCACGAUCCCAGCCCUAUGGCGGAGCCCAAACGAAGUUGCGUGCUUGCCUCCCACGUUGUCGACUCCAGGUUACCUGGACGUUCAAGUUGCCAACAAUGCUGUUCAUUUUGAGUCAAACAUGUUGAGAAUUCCAGUCGCGAGGUUGCCAUCGUUUCGUGCAAUUUCACCGUGUGCAGGACCGCCGAACACCAAGAUUACCAUCGAGUGGACGCUGGGCGAUGUCGUCAACUUGACCCAUGUGUCGUGUAUCCUGCAGCAACUCAAUGGAACGCCCGUCGCGCUUGUCACCGUCGAGGCGAUUGAAUUCAACCUUACGGUAGUCACAUGCACGCUACCCAAACGUCCUGCCACGUCAACGUGGUCGAUUUCGCUGGCGAUAAACAAUCAACUGACCGUUCCCACUGGAGCGGCGUUUACAUACACCCCAAUGCCGAUUCUCCAUCGAGUGCUUCCGUCCAGUGGCGUUCGAAGCGGCGGCACUCGAUUGUAUUUGUAUGGUCGCGAUUUUGCUUCGUCUGCGCCAUGCGUGUUUCGCACGAAAACAUGGGAAGUGGCCGUGCCGUCGAAUUUCGCCAACAGCACGUUCGCCGAAUGCAUUACCCCGCCCAUGGCGAGCGAUGGUCUGGUUGACCUCACAUUCGGCGACAGCUCGCCGUUGAGUUUCCAAGUCGAGAGCGACCCCCAAGUGACAGCGUUUAGUCCAGCGCUUGGCCAGCGACGAGGUGGGACGAACAUUGUGUUCCAAGGAGCAAGGUUUCCCGAUGCCGCCACAUGGAGCUGUCACUUUGGCAAUGCCACAGUGCCAGCUACGUGGUUAUCAUCGUUCAACGUAUCAUGUCGCUCUCCUCCUCAGCAAGGCAAUACCACGACAGUCCCAGUCUCAUUGACCGGAAUUCAAAACUGGUCGGCAUGGUUCGUGUAUCAAGACCCACCGAUGAUUGCCUUCGCUGAUCGACACGAUGACGAUGGCGACGUUUUGGUCCACGCAUCCACUCCCAUCCCGAAGGACUUGAACCUAACUUGCCACGCAGACAGCCGUGUUGUACGCGGGAGGCGUGGCUCGGACGGCACGACAGUGAUUUGUCCUCUGUCCGUUCACGUUGUUCAAAUCGGACUCUCGUUCAACGGACUGGACGUGUCCAAUCGUGUGCUCGUACGCGACAUUCCGCUGGAAUUGGUGGACAUCACGCCGCGGAUGGGCACCGUCGGGGGAGGCGCGAUCUAUCUCGUCUCGUCGGCGUUCAAUGCGUCGCGUUCGUAUUCUUGUUCAGUCAAUCGGACGGUGAAUGUCACGCUUGACGUGAUCAACACGACACAUGGACAUUGCGUCCUACCCGCUCUUUCGCCAGGAGUCCCGACCACCGCCGUCAGCAUCAUGUUCUACGAGACCAGUCAAGACGCCUUCCAGCGCAGCAACAUGCUCAUGUACUGGUUGGUGGAGCCUCCACAAGUGACGUCGGUCCACCCGGUGGUGGGGUUUGCAUCCACUAUUACCGUCGUCAAGUUGUACGGCGUUCACUUUAUUGAUUCAACAGAGUACCGAUGUCGCAUCGGCAACAUGACCUCGUCCGUGACAUGGAUCAGUCCAACUCAACUCAACUGCGACCUCACGGACCGUCUCGACCCUGGGGUGUACGAUGUGGGCCUUCGGUACGGCUUUGACGGAUCCUCCUUUCUUGUGCCACAGCUACUCCAGGUGUCGAUAUUACCAGACCCCAUCGUUGUAUCCAUCACACCAACGCACGGGAGUGACUUUACCAACGUCACGGUCAUGGGGUCGGCCUUUCCCCCUCAAGCCAUGUGCGCAUUUGGCCAUCAACUCGUUCGACCAUCGUUUGGGAAUGCAACGGCGAUGAUUUGUACCGUCCCGCAACUGGUAACGAUCCCGUCCGUCGUCGUGAUAGCAGUCGCCAUGGAGAGCCAUACCAGUCGGGCAUCGGCCUUGUUUUCUGCGGAACCCCCGUCCACGAUACAGGCCGUGACGCCAUCCACGAUCCUGACGACAUGGACGGCACUGCUGCAACUCACGGGGUCUUUUACAAACUCGACACGGGAAAUCGAAUGCCAGUUUGAGAUCACUGCAGGGACGACCCCAAUCAUCACCGCGGGUACCAUUGUAAACGCGACGACUGCGUUCUGCCCUUCGCCAAGAGUCCCGCCAUCGAUGGACGUUGGCUUGUCGAUUACAUCCAACGGCCAAGCACUCAGCAACCGCGUGGCGCUGUCGAUCGUGUCGCCCGCGACUUUGGCGUCGUUGCAGCCAACCAAUUUGGUGGUCGGAUCAAACUCGUCUGAGGUAACGGUGCUCGGGUACAACCUUCCAACGGAAUGUCAAUGCGACUUUCGAUUGUCUGGUCAAGCGAUCGCGCAGACUCGCCCACGGUGGAUCUCUCCAUUCAAACUGAUCUGUCCCGUGCCCGCUGCGCUCUCUCCCAACACGUACACGGUGACGCUUAUCUUGGACAAGCACCAGAUCGCUCGGAAUGUACUCAAGAUGGAAUGGAUGGCCCAACCUGUCGUCUCUCUGGUGCACCCAACGGAGACCACAACUUUACGAGACACGUUGGUGCACGUCAUGGGGGCUGGCUUUUCGCCCAAGGCGCGGCAUGCUUGUUCCUUUGGACGCGACAGUGUACCUGCAGUGUUUUACAAUUCGACUCUUCUUGUGUGCUUGGCGCCGGCGAGCGCACAGCCAAAGGUUGUCCAUAUCACGGUCACGGUGAACGACGAUGUCGUUGUCGCGAGGCAACCGUUUACGUACUCUGGGCUGCCCCAAGUAAUCGACGUUUUCCCGACGAUAGUACAUGUCACAACGACUUGCGCCAGGGUCGCGGUCCGUGGUGUCGACCUGCUCCCAGUUGAGCAUUGCCAUUGGGUCAACGACGCGUCGCAAGCGAUCGUUACAGCUGCGCAAUAUGUCAAUCGAUCGCUUGCGCUGUGCCAUUUGGACAAGAUGCUGGCAUUUGGAACGUACGAUCUAUUCGUGGCUUGGAAUGACCAGGUUCUCUCCCGCGUUGGCACGGUCCAAAUCGUUCCCGAACUGCACUUGGAGUCGAUGUUUCCUUCUUCUGGAGUUACGUGGCAGACGCAAGUUGUCCUCUUCGGUUCACCCUUUUCGCCAAGAGAGACCUUGUGGUGCAACUACGACAAAAUCCACGUCCAAGCCGAAUUUGUCAACGCAACGGCCGUGCGUUGCCACUUGGAGAUGACACCAGCUCACAUCCAGUCUCGUCAUGUCGUUGGCAUUUCUCUCACAAACAACCACAUCGAUUACUCCAAUUCGCUGGCGUUUCAAUUUGCGCCCGAGUUUUACGUGCGAACGGCCAUUCCCGGCAGCGCGACGCUGUAUGGCGAUGUUGAGGUGUAUCUCGUGGGGUACUUUCCCGUUCAAACGGGGGUGUUUAUCUGUCGGUUUGGGACACAACCGAUGCCGGCAAUGGUUGUCAACUCGUCGCAUGUGGUAUGCUUGUCCCCGCCAUCGCUGCACGUCGACGCCGUCUCGCUGGCAUUACUUUGGAAUGAUAUCGUCGUGGACAACGUGCUGACGUUCGAGUUCGUGGAACCCCUUCGAGUUCAAGGGGUUCGACCAGCGAUCGUGCCGAUGAACGCAUCCACUUUGGUCCACAUCCACGUUGAUUUGAAUCGACUACGAGCGGAUGACGCAUUUGUUUGCGACGUCUAUGGCCUGGCGCAAGUGGUAAAUACCACCACCAUCCUCUGUCCGUUUCUGCCGUCGAGUCUUGGACUCCACACUAUCCAAAUAUGGGACAACCAGCGCUCCCCCGUCGGACAAAUUCAAGUGUCUGUGCACAACCCGCUGCAAGUGAUCGAUGUCCAGCCCCGUCAAGUGUUUGAGUCCGGGGGUGCAGUCUUGACGAUUCGUUUGGCCGCCCACAUGGCUGGCGAGGUCGAGUCGUUGCAGUGUCGGUUUGGUGCGACCCGAACGGUUCCAGCAGCGUACGUGACACCGAGGCAGUUUACGUGCGUCGCUCCCCCGUCCAAGCCUGGUUUACUCGACGUUUCAUUCAGCUACAACGAAUUUGCCACCCCUGCGACUUCAUCGUGGGACUUGCUGUAUAUUCCCAGGGUGACGCUUCACCACUUGACCCCACGUACGGGAGCGACGGUGAUGUUCACCGAAGUGAUGAUUCGGGGAACGAAUUUCCGCCAUGACGGGCAUUGGCAGUGCCUGUUUGGGACGUCCGCUGUGCCCGCGCUGGUAUUGAACGGCUCAGCGCUUGUGUGCACUGCCCCAAUAUCGGCCUUGGACGAGUUGGUAAAUGUGUACGUGAGCUGCAAUGGCCAGGAGAAAAGUGUCAACAGUAUGCCAUUUCAGUACGUCUCCCUACCGAUCAAGGCGACGAUGGCAAUCGAACGCCUCGAUCCAACGAAUGCUUCUGUGGUGGUGUAUGGCGUCGGGCAGUACUCUCGUCUUGGCACGUACACGUGUGCCGUCCACACCCCCAAGUUUAACUUGACCACCAUGGUGCCUGGAACACUGGUCCGAAAUUCGUCAGGGUUGGCGUGCGUUGUCCCGUCCAACUCGAUCACGCCCAACAUGGUUGUCGACGUGUGGUUUGAGGCGUCUAAAGUGCUGGAGUCCAUCACAUGGUCUGAUACUUCGGGACCAACCAUUCUCAGCAGCACAUAUUCCAUCCAAGAACCGCACAUCCGACUCUUUGGCGCGGGUUUGAACGCCAACUUGACUUGCGACUUUGGUCAUUUGUCCUUUCCAGUCGAGUAUGUGUCGCCACACAUGGUUCAAUGCCCUUUACCGACAGCUCAAACCCCCACAACCAUCUUGCACGUUCGAGUUGCAUCAUCCAAUGCCGUCCUGCGCACGUACACGGUGACGCGAGGGAUGCUUCCCGUCGUUCACACCGUCGUACCCAAUUUCACGGGAUCCUUCCUCCUCACCAACGCAGACACAACACUCCAAGUGACCGGGAACCGCUUUCGCCCUUUGACCGCAUCCUUCUGUGUUGUGAAUGCGACGUUUCGAUAUCCCGUCCGCUUCGUAUCAAGCGUCGUCGUGACGUGCACAAUUCCGUCGUCGGCGCUGUCGCCGGGCAACGCCUCGAUCGCCAUCGAGUACGACGACAGGGCGUUGUAUUCGGCCGUGUUGCAUGUUACCACUGGACCUGCACUAAACUCGAUCACGCCACUCGUGGCUGCAUAUGGGUCGCGCAUCGACGUUCGCGGCGCUUGGUUUCUCCCGAGUUUGUGGAUCCGAUACGACCAACGGCUUGUGUACCCGUGCAACGUGACAAGUGCGUCUGUGGCCACUUGCCCAGCCCCAACACUCGGGACCGAGUCGGCCAUAUUCUCUGUCGAAUUGUCAACGAACGAAGGUCGUCAGUUCGUGUUGUACCCAAGGAUCGAACUGUCUGUCGUACGAGCCGUGGCAACUAUUGCUCGUGUCUCGCCCUUGGUUGGUUUUGAGAGCAACCCCACGCGACUGACUGUUCAAGGAGAGCACUUUGACGCCCUCUUGACGACGAAUUCCACACUUCAGUGUGUGUUUGGAGACAUGGUGUCGGAGGCACACGUGGUGUCCCCGACAGAAAUCCAUUGUCUCGCCCCAUGCCAAGCUCUAGGAAAUGUCACGUUUUCGUUGGCUCCGGCAACAAUGUUUCGCCGGACCGUGCCAUUCACCUUUCGAUGCUUGGCCACACCAGUUUUGGCAAGUGUGCGGCCAGCAAUCGGUGGCGGUGGAACUCUAGUGGCCAUUACGGCGUCGUACAUUCCCUACUCGACAACGCUUGAGUGCAAGUUUGACCUGGUCAACGUAGCAGCCAUGUACAUCAACUCGACCACGAUCGUGUGCAGAGCGCCGCAUCACGCCGCAGGUCGAGCUCGGCUGGGUGUUUUCCUCGACCCUGACAACGAUCUCCAACCUGCAUGGAAUGCCACGUUUGACUUUCGAGCCACCCCCAUCGUCACGGCCACUUCGCCGGAAUACCUCGUUGACAACAUGGAUGCUUCGAUGGCAAUCUACGGGUUGAAUUUCGAUACCACGACGACCUGUGUCUUUGCAGCUGCAAACCGUACACUCUAUCGCGUGAACGCUACGGUUGAAUCCUCCACAAAAGUGCGGUGUGCAGUGGUGGGCCAGAAAUGGCCGUCCCGGAUAACUUUACAUGUCGUAGCGCUGGAGUCCAUCCCGUCCAACACGGUCGACAUCAAGGUUUUGCCCGGCAUGCGAACGGAUCAAUGGUCGAUGGAGCCCACGAGCGGUGCAAUUCAAGGUGGCUACAAUCUUCGCGUUAUGGGGGCCAACUUCCCAAGGAUCAACAUUGCAUGUGUCCUUGGCACCGUGCAAGCUCCUGGGCGGUGGGUAUCGUCACACGAAGUGACUUGCAAAGUUCCCCCGGCAACGGCGGUCUCAGUAGCACAACUAUCCCUUCAGUUUGGCGACUUCACGGUGACCACGCCAUUGCAAUUCGUGUAUACAGCCGCGGCAGUUGUCCAGAGUGUGGCCCCGUCGACUGGCAUUGCAAACUUUCCAACGCUCGUCAACGUGACGGGACUGAACUUUGAAUAUUCCCACAACGUGCAAUGCCGCUUCGACCGUGACGUCUCCGCCGCCAUCCAUUUGUCGCACACAUUGUUGCUUUGCCAGACGCCUCGUCGCUCGAGCGGAACAGCACAGUUUCAAGUGGUGUCUCGUCGUAACGUGUUGUGGACAAGUGCAUUCGACUUUGUCCCCGUGCCGAGCGUGCAUCGCUCACCGUCCCCGCUGUUUGGAUGGGCUGGCUUGAAACUAUACCUGGCUGGGUACAACAUGAUGGCCGUGACGCAUUGUCGGUUUGGCCCUACCGACAACUUGUCGUUAGCCUUGGAGAAAACAUCGACGUCGGUGGCGUGCACGGUCCCAAGGAAUGUGGACGCGGCCUCCAACACCACCGUGUCGAUCAUGAUCGCAGGGUAUGCACCGAUACCCAUAACACCUGUCCCAUUCACGUACGUUCGACCCAUGGCGAUCACGUCCGUCCAAGUGCGGUCGACGUCUGUCGUCGAUGUGUGGGGUCACUUUCACGACGCGGCGGCGAAAAUCGAUUGUUGCUUUGGAUCGAGGCAAAAUACGUCUGGGGUUGUCGUUUCUGCCACGCGAUUGCAGUGUGCAUUUCCUGAUGGGGACCACCACGACGACCCGAUGCCGUUUUCAGUCGUGUGGAGCACAUUCCAUGUCCUGCCGGCGCCGGACAAGUUGACCAUUACCUUUCCAAAGCCGUUCACAACCUCCAAAUUGUUUCCAGAUCGCGGUGGUGUCCAAGGAGGCACACUCGUGCGCGUGUACGGCACGUUCCCCCACACUUCGUUGAGCUUGACAUGCAUCUUUGGAUUGCGGCAUAGCCCAGCGAGCUAUGAAUCGGCGACACGAACAAUUCUAUGCAACGCACCUCCACACACGUCGAGCGAAUCCGUGCGGUUGUCGGUUGUCGCAGACGAUUCUCCCAUCCCAUCGACACUAACGUACCAUUAUGUGAAUGUCCCUCAAGUGGCGCGAUUAACCCUCCAUUGGACCGCAAUGGGCCUGCAACUUCGUACGACCGUCCGACCCCCCCUACCCAACAACUCGACCGUGUGGUUGCGUACCAAAGGCGGCACGGCGUACUUGGCAAGCGUGGUGAAUUCAACCGUCGUGGACUGCACACUUGCAAACGUGUCCAACAGUGACAGGUUGGAGUUUGAGAUUUCAAUCAAUCGCGUGGAUUUUGUCACCGUUCCAACUCAUCUGUACGUUCAACCCGACCCCAUGCAAGUGUUCCAGCUCCAUCCGGCCUUUGCUGUCGUGAACACGUCCCAGCAAGUGGCUGUCGUGGGUCGUGGGUUUGCCACAUGCAGCCAAAGCGACGGCACGUAUUGUUCAUGUGCCUUUGGCAACGCCACUUCGAGAAGCCUGUACAUUUCACCCACGAUUGUGCUCUGUGACGCUCCGGCGCUGAAUGUUGGCACCCGUGUUCCGUUUCGAUUGAUCGCGAACGGAUCGGCAGUCCCGAUGUCUCCCAGCAUGGCAGACCUCAAUUAUUCUGUCUUGUUCAGCCAAGUCGUGUCCAUCUCUCCCUUGUCUGGCUUGACUCGUGGUGGCAUGGUCAUUGAUGUUCGAGGCCACGACCUCGAUCCUCGUUUGGGCUGCUGGUUUGGUGGCAAAGUGUUCAUCCCAGCCACCGUCCGCAACGCAUCGUGGUUGCAAUGCACAGUUCCUGCGCAUCGCAAUGCGUCGACUGUGUCUCUAACCAUUGUGGUGACUCAGGACCGCCGACCACUGGUUCCUGACGUAAAUUUUACCUACGUCGAUUCCCCUGUCGUUACCCACGUAUUCCCUCAAGUUUUGUGUGGCCUUGGAGCACGCUCCGUGUAUUUGACAGUGCAAAAAGCAGCAGCGGUGCUGUCCAACUGGAGUUGCCUCUUCGAGACCCCCAGUGCCAACUGGACCGCGCCCGGCGUGCCGUUUGUGGAGAAUUCUACCAUUGCGUGUGCGGUUCCAAACGUGAGCGCGUCGUAUGUCCUUGUGCACCUGGUGCUACAUGGCAAAGAGGUAGUUUGGACGGGAUGGCAUAUUCAACUGCUUUCACCGAAUACGCUCGUAUCCGUCGCUCCGACCACUCUCUCACGGCAUGCAAGCGUUCCCAUUGUCGUCGAAGCGUUGUUUGACCUCCCAUCAAGUGGUCUCGAGUGUCACUUUGCGGCGGCGAACGCACCAGCGUACUCCACCCCAGCGAUGGUGAUGUCAACAUCCAAACUUGCAUGUGAAACGCGCCAGAGUGCCCUCGCUGGAAAGGUGACUCUAUCGCUACGACUGAGUGGCUACGAGUACACCUCGAACGCUCUAACGCUGGCAACGUACGAACGGCCCCAAGGUGUUGACGUCGUUCCAGCGUCGAGUCGUGUCGACGGAAAUGUCACGGUUCGCAUUCUCGGUAAGAAUUUUCUGCAAACCAGUGACACGGCUUGUCGUUUCGGCACGUCGGCCGCUGUUCUGGUAAGGUACAUUUCUGCAAAUGAGGUUCGCUGCGUCGUUCCGCCGUCCGUCGCGCCGAGGAGCGUCGACUUGUUCAUUACGUUCAACGGAAUGCACUACGAGCCCCUGUCGAUUCAAUUCGAGUACAUGUCGGCAUGGCAUAUUCGCACCAUAACGCCAGCAAAUGGUCCCAUCGGUGGUGGUACCCCCGUGCACAUUGUUCUCGACUCGACCUCGAUCCGCGAGUCCGUGAGCUGCAGCUUUGGUGAUGCUCGGGUACCAGCAAGAUCGAUCGCAGACAACACAAUUGAAUGCAUUACCCCACCGUUCGAGCGUGUUGCGUCGGUUAUUCUGGGGAUACGAACGACGCGGUCGGACGACGUGCUCACUCGCAGCGUCCAGCCAUUUGAAUUUGUCUUGCCGAUUCAGAUUCAAAACGCAGCUCCCUCUGUCGGCGUCGAAAACACCAAGGCGAUUGUGCACGUGUUUGGUUUCAACUUUUUGCCUUCGAUCCAAUGUCGAGUGAAUAGAACUACGCUGCUGGGUGGUGCCGUGUACAUUUCAUCAUUUCACGCUCGAUGCAUCAUUCCAGCGACGAUGGCAACAGGCAUGGUUGGUGUCGACGUGACCAACAACGGCGUCGAGUUUGUCUCGGUGUCGAACGUGCGCUUUCAUCCGCCCUUGGUCGCUGUCGAGUUGUCCCCGAGCAACGGCCCCGUCACGGGUGGGACGCCCCUACGGCUGCACGGAUCGAACCUGCAUUUAGCGUUGCUGUGUCGAUUUGGCCAGAUCCUUGUGCCUGUCCAACGGAUUCGUGCCAACGAAAUCCAGUGCACCACGCCACCGCUUCCUGCGGGGGUGGUCGAGGUUGCGCUAUCCUCCAACAAACGCGAUUUCACGCCUGCGGCAAAGCACUUUGUCGUUCGUACAGUCCCUCAAGUGCUCUUUGUUUCACCACGUCAAGGCCAAGUCGAUUCGCUGGUUCGAGUGACUGGAACAUCGUUCGAGACUCCUGCGUGGUGUCGGUUCAGCUCAGCGCUGGUCGAAGCGCAAGUGUUGUCAUCGACAGUGCUGCUUUGCAUGGUCCCGCCACUGGCCCUUCCCGUCGUCAAAGGCGAAAUGCAAACCAAAGCCACCGUGGAGGUGUCGCUUAACGAAGGCGUCGAUGUGUCGUCGAACCAAGUCGUGUUUGAGUACGUGGUGCCAUUUCAACUGCGCCGCGUCGCACCGUUGGUCGGCUCUGAAAACGGAGGAACCGCUGUGCAUUUGUAUGGCCUGGGAUUCCAGCAGGCCAAGCGCUACGUGUGCAAGUUUGAUACAAGCGCUGUGCUUGCAGUUUUCGUGGCGUCGAGCGAAUUGGUGUGCAAAUCGCCGGUGCACGUCCCAGGCACUGUUGCCCUGACUCUCGUGGACGAACAAGGGAAUUUAUUUCCCACACCGUUUGUGUUUCGAUACAUGACGGCGACAAUUGUACAUACUGCGACGCCAUCGAUUGCUAGCUCUGCUGGCGGUGACACCAUUUGGCUGCACGGGUUGCAUUUCUACUUCUCCCACGCCAUGGCGUGCCAUUUUGACACGACCGUUGUCCCUGCUGUUCAUUACAACGAGACUGUUGUGUCUUGCGUGGCCCCAUCUCACGCUGCAGCGACGGUGAAGCUCAUGUGGAGUCCCAACGGCGUCGAUGUGGAUUCGGCCACCGCUGUGCUUUUCACGUUUGAAAACGCGCCUGUGAUCACUGCCGUGUCAAAGGCGUCUGGUGUCGGGGCGUUGGGGGACGUGAUUCAAGUCACGGGGAGAAAUUUCUCGCCCGACAUGGUGUGCUGGAUCGACGGACUCGAAACAAAUGCGACCGUUGUGUCUAGUUCGGUCAUGAAUUGCACGAUCCCGCCAUUGGAGUCUCGGUCAACGAUGGGAACGAUCCAAAUCGUUCGUGACACAUCGAUGCGUUCCAAUGUGGCCAGGAUCGCGUACAUGCUUCCGGCAAGAGUUCGCAAUGUCGUGCCUCCGUUUGGCGGGACCCGCGGGACGACUUCUCUGCGCGUCCUUGGUCAGAACUUCAAUCGGUCGCUCCAUCUAUCGUGUGCCUUUUCCGACAACACGACCGUGCUAUAUCAAACGCAUGCAACAUUCGUGUCGCCGUACGAGCUCCAGUGUAUGUCGCCGUCGACGUCGACCCCACAAGCACUGCAAGUGGCGAUUUUCCAACAUGACGCGGCCAUCACAGAAUUUACAGGGUCCUUUCGGACGGUGCCGAUUGCGCAAAUCUAUCAAGUCACGCCAUCGGAGGCGCUGCAUCAAGGAGGAAAGGUGAUUGUGGUCCGGGGGGCACAUUUCAUGCACUCGAGUGCUCUGCGUUGUGCAUUUGGAGGGGUGUUCGUUCCGGCUGCCUUUAUCAACUCGACGUUCUUGACGUGCAUUGCACCCGAACACGUCCCGGGGUCCGUAUCGUUCGGAGUGAGCAACAACAACGUCGACACGGACGUGGCUGCGGGCGUUCAAUUUACCUUUCUCCGCCCCGUGUUUGUGCACAGCAUUUCCCCGACCAGUGGAUCCGUGACGGGAGGAACCUCCAUUUAUGUCACCGGCAGCGGUUUUGGUCCGACCCUGACGUGCUGGUUCGAUGCCACGGCCAUAUCCGCUGAAGUGACCGGCAACUCCACCGCCGUGUGCAUCUCACCGCCGGCAAAAAAGCAGUACAAGUCGACGAGCGUGUCAUUGGGUGUGUCGAUCGACGAUCUGUUGCCGCACGUGCAUAUCACUUUUACCUACACCGUGAACAAUCGUGUCGAACGGUUGGUGCCAUCCAAAGCGUUCACGGUGGGCGGGACCACACUGCUCAUCCACAUGGCUCAAGCAACUCCAAAUGUGACGUGUUCGUUUGGCACCGCCCCUGUGAUUCCUGCGACCGUCGUCACCCCCACUCAAUUCUCGUGCGUGUCUCCUCGUGCUCUGUCCGGGUUUGUGAACUUGACCAUACGAAGUGGCACGGACUCGAUCGAUGUCGUUCCUUUCGAGUUCGUCCCGUCCCCGACUGUUGUCGAUGUCGCAAGCCCAGGAACAAGCUCGCUGACGGGAGGCCGCGACAUUGAGAUCCUCGGGUUUCACCUGGAGUUCGUCGCCGAGUGUGUGAUUGGAUCGGCGUCCGUUCCGGCGUUUGUUAUGGAAAACAGUGUGCAUUGCAUGAGUCCGCCGCAACAAGGUCCGGGUAGCUACGUCAUCGUGCUGUCGUCGCCGUUUGGGCGCGUCGACACCAAGCGCAGUGUGUUGUACGUAGCGGACAUUCCAACCAGUGCUGUGGCUGGCGAAAACGACAUGAACCGUCCAGAAUUGUUGCAAGUGUUUCCGACCGUUGUCGAAACGAGUGGCGGAGUGGUCCUGCGCGUGUUGGGCACGGGGUUCCAGAACACGCGUCGACUGGUGUGCCAGUUUGGGUACGAGCGCAUUGCUGCGUCCUUUGUGUCCCCGACGCUUAUCACGUGCGUCGCACCUCGUCACGUUCCUGGUACGGUUGUCGUCGAAGUCGCUUCGGAUGGAGUGACGUUUUCACUGUCUGGCACGCAAGUUCAAGUGGUGCACGACGUGGUGGUGACUUCGUUAAGCCCAAGCCACGGGUCGCGGGGGGGCGGCACCCUCGUGACAGUGUACGGGAAUCACUUUCGUCCCGACUCUGCCCACUUGGUCUGUCGUUUUGGCCCCGUGCGGGUUGUCGCGGCAUUUCUCUCGCCCACUUCGAUUCAAUGUAAGACUCCCCCCCAAGAAGAUACCGCAGCCAAUGCUGUACUCGUGCACGCGUCCAACAACAACGCGAGUUUUUCCAGCCACGGCGCUUUCUUCCUGUACGCGUCCACGCCGCGGAUAACCUCCAUGUGGCCAGGAACAGUCACCCAACUGGGAGGUACCGCCAUCACCGUUCGAGGUUUCCACUUUACUCCGCGCGACGUAUUCUGUGUAUGGAACCUGACGCAGCAAACGAUGGCGGUGGUCGUGACUUCGACGUUGCUCCGGUGCAUUGCCCCUCGCAAUGUGCCCGUCGGUGUUUUGGCGCUGCAACUCACAACAAACAGGUUGGACGUGUCGAUGGGCGUCAACAUUACGGUCAAGGCGAAUGUUAUCCUCACCAAGUUGGUGCCUUCCAUGGGCCCAGCACUGCGAGGGAAAACGCUCGUGCACAUCAUCGGGUCGGGUUUUGAAAAUCACGUCGAGCUCGCGUGUCGCUUUGGCACUGCCAGCGUCGCCGCGAUGUUUGUGAACUCGACCUUGAUCCAGUGCGAGUCGCCGCCACACACCGUUGGAACCGUGCCCCUCCAAGUCACGUGGAACGGUCUCGACGAAGCCGUGGCCAGUUUGGCAUUCCGAUUUGUGGCCGACAUGGAAGUGCGCGUGAUCCAGCCGCUUCAGAGCUUGGUCACAGGGCAGCGACCGGUGUUUGUGAAAGGACUAAACUUUAUGAACACCAGUGCGCUGGGAUGUCGAUUUGGCGACGUCAUGUCGCCGGCAACGUUUGUGUCGUCGACGCUUUUGGUGUGCAUCGUACCGUCGCGAGUCGGCGACGUAGUCGAUCCGGUCGGACUCGUUUCGUUUGAAGUGACGAGCAACGGAGUCGACUACACGGCAAGCGGCGUGCAAUUUGAAUACGUUCGCGAGUGUCCAGCAUCGCGCUACUGCCACGGCCACGACAUUGCGCUUGUGCCAAAUGGAACUGCUCCUUCGGCAGACAGCCGCAACUUUUCCUUGUGUCCCCCGACAACGUUUCAACCUCGUGCUGGUCAGCAGUCGUGUGUGCCGUGCCCCGUUGGUUUCUACUGCCCGGACUUUGGCAUGUCCAAGCCCGUGCUGUGUCUGGCGGGGUUUGUGUGCGACCGGCACGGCCUCCGAUCGCCUGAAACCAUGUGCCCCGAAGGACAUUACUGUUUACCAGGCACGAAAACCACCAAUGUCGUCGACUUUCACAAUCGAAUGGACUAUGGCGUGGAUUUCGAAACGGGCAUCGCAACGUUCAACGUGUCGUCGCGCCCGUGGAAUUUCAUCGCUCGCGUGCGACCAGCGACGGGAUCACGUCGCCUGGAACAUCCUCCAGACAUUCUAGACCCCAACUGCCUCACGCGGCAAUGCGUCAGCAACACGUCAGUCCUUCUCCCUGAAAAGCCAUUUGUGUGCCCGUUGGGCACGUAUUGCCGCAGUGGGGCUGCGACCCCCGUGACUCAACUCAAAAACUUUAGUUCGCCGCAGCCGUGCUUUGCCGGAUUCUUUUGUCCAAGAGGGUCUGCCACCCCUGAAGGGAAAGGCCCGUGUCCGACAGGCUAUUACUGUCCCUCGACCACCGACGCCAUUGCAUGUCCACCAGGCACGUAUUGCCCAGGUGUUGGGAACGUCAAAUCCACAGACUGCAAUCCUGGAUCGUACCAGCCGGCGUCGACACGGUCGACAUGCGAGCUCUGUCCUGUGGGUUACAUUUGUCCAGGUUACAAACGAACAGCUCCAGCAUUGUGUCCCGCAGGGUUUGUCUGUUCGUCGUGGGGAUUAAGCGUUCCUGUUGUCACAUGCCCGUCGGGGUUUUAUUGCAACGAAGGCACGUGGACGGUCGACCCGUCCGAACUCACGCAACUCCGGCCGAUACCAUGCUCACGCGGCACGUUCUGCUUGGGUGGCGUCAAGCAAAACUUGAUCAUGGACUGGUUACCCGCCGCACCCGACGGAGCAACAGCCAAGCAAACGUGCACAGAAGGCACGUUUUGUCCGUUGGGGACAGUUGCCAGCACGUUGUGUUACCCUGGCCAUUACUGUCCACCGGGGACGGAAUUCCCAUUGCAAGUGCCGCUCGGGACGUUUUCGCAGCAGGAAGGGUCGAUUGCUCCGACCCUUUGCUUCCCAGGGACAUUCUCCACGUUCAAGGCAAGCAUCGAAUGCCGCGUGUGUCCUGCGGGUUACUCUUGUGCAGGCUACGGGGUGUACAUACCCGAGAUCUGUCCUGCGGGGUACUAUCGAUCCGUGGCGGACUCUGUCACGUGUCGGCUGUGCCCAGAGGGCACGUGGUCUCCGGACACGGGUCUUGCCGACAUUUCGUACUGCCAACCUUGUCCGGCCGGUCGAAUUUGCGGGUUCCAAGGUCUCAACAACCUCACCCAAAGCAUUCCGUGUCCGUCGGGAUAUGUGUGUGGGGAAGCCACGACGCGCGAGCGGCAAUACUUUCACAUGUGUCCGGGUGGGUACAUUUGCGGGACCGAGACGACCCAUCCGAAACAAUUUGAUCGCAUGUGCGCCAGUGGCAACGUGUGCUAUCGCGGCACGAAAGACACGGAGAGCACUCGGUUCAAUUGUCCGCAAGGUAGCUUUUGUCCAGCAGGGACGUCCGACCCGGGUGUGAAGGAGACACAGUGUCCAUACGGCACGUCGUCCCUUCCCGUUUCCAACGAACUGGACGACUGCAGCAUCCUUCCCGUGGCCAUUUGCGACAAAACGCCCACCGACACAUCGUAUUAUCCUGUGUUUACGUACACGUUUCAAGGGACAACUUACCAGUACAAUUCCCAAACCAAUAUUGGUCGGACUCCGGAGAUCCAAGUUCUCAAGAAAAUUCUGCCCGUGAACUUGAGCGCGAGCGCUGCGCCGUGGGUGAACGACACCCUCGAUGUCAUUCGAUCGUGCCCAAGCAUCGUACUAAAUGACGGGGGAACCCUCCUAACGAUCGUGGGGAGAAAUUUCCUGCCGUCGAACCGGCUCACGUGCGAGUUUCAGUUGUCCGACGGCAAACUUGUCUUUAUGUCUGUCCCUGCCACGUACGUGAAUUCAACGCGCGUGACGUGCCGCGCCCCUCCGUUUACGUUCGACGGUGGAUCGCACGAAGCCGAAGUCGUCAUUUACGUGACCAACUUUGGGGUCCAUCGAAGCACCACGGGGGCGACGAUCCUAUACACGUCCGCUCCAAUCCAAUUGAUGAUGGAUUGCGGCUACAACGCCGACGAAGAAGGCCCGCGGCCGAAAGGACUCGGGUGGUUCGCCUUACGAGCGUUUUCGCAGGCGUUUGUGUCGUUCGACUUGCGCGCGAUUCCGGCAGACAUGGUGUACGAUGAGCAUUACAAAAUCGCACUCUACGUCACUCCAAGUGUAUGCCACGACGAGCAAUGUGAUGGUCGCGGCACGUUGAAGCCAGCGGGAGACGACACCGAGACGAGUCCGUGUCGACAGCCAAUCGUGCUGCCGUCGUGGAUCACAUCGCCAGACUUUGAACAACGGUCGGUCGUGAAUUUGACGGUCAUGGCACUCGAGGACAUGCUCAUCAAACCUGAAAUCCACCUCAUGUACGGCCUCUUCUUGGCCGCGGAGGAUUUCUUCACCAACACGACGCAAGUCGACAUUACGUCGCCGGUCCGGGCCAACGUCACGCAAGGCAUCGUCGCCGACAGUCGUCCUCUGUCAUCCAUCGUAUCGUUCGAAGAACGCCUGGUUCCCCGCGAAUACACGUUUGUUGCAAUAUAUCGCCACGAGUACAGCCUCGUGACCCCCGUGCCGCUCAACUUGCCGCCUCGGUUCGAUCAAUUCGAACGCGGCCGCGUCUUGAUCAAGGCCAACGUAUCGGUGGACAGUAACCAACCCAACCUUCGCGAUACCCCCGUGCCGCUUCCACUCAACUACUGGAAGCUUCCGUACGACACGUUUGAUACGACCGUCAAGAAGAUCGACAAGUACCGGGAAACGUUCCAUGGCUUGAAUGGUGCCCGCGACAAGUACUCGAUGGACCAGGUCGUCCUUCCCUACUUGCCCUUCUUCUCGCACUGCUUCACGUACGAUUCGUACAUUCCGAUCUACGACUUCCUUGAGAACCAAGUCGAGUGUAACUUGCCGGGGUUGGAAGAGUUUGACCGAAAUUGGUGGCGCCGCAAGUUUCCGCCAAUGCCAAACCAAGACGACAUUCGCAUUGUCGAGCCGACCGAUGUGCUGGAGGAGCCUGUCGCAGACUAUUGCUACCGCCAAGUCCAGUGCCACUACGAAGAAGACCUGACCACAGUCGACAUCAAUCCGCGGUGGUACGAAGCGAAGGACCUCACGCACUUGUUUGACAUUCUGAACGAACCGAUCACGUUUGCGCAGUACUUGCAAGGCGGAGACCUGUACAACACGCUGCUGGCAGCAGCCAACUCGGACAUUUUCGUUCCUGUCUUGGUCGAUCGAACUGCCGCGGAACGGUACGAAGGCGGGUGCUUGUUGCAAUGCUACCCCCGAAGUGUCACGCUCGAGCUCCACUACUAUCAAGUUUCGCCGCAGCUGAAGCGCCUCGUGUCCGCCAAACUCAUCUUGGACGAAUUCGACAACAACCCGGCUGUCACAGACUACACGUUGAAGCUCGAGUUUGCCCCGCUCAACUACAUUGAGCUCGUCAACGCGUUUGCAUUUGACCUGAAUGUGUUCGUCGUUCUCUUCAGCUGCAUUGGCAUGUUGUGCACAGCGAUCGCGAGUGUGUUUUGGUUGAUCACGCGGCUCACGACUCGAAUCCGUGACCCCCCCAAGCUGCGAUAUCUAUCGUACUUGGCACUCAUCGCGCCGCCUCCGACGAUCGGAAUCGUCCUGGCGUCCGUGCCAUGCUCCGUUGUCGUCGGAGCGUUCUACCUCCUCCUAAAUGGCGACGUGUUUGGCGAGUACAAGGCCAACAACUACCCGUGGUCGCCAUGGGGAGCAGACUUUUGGAUGAUUGACAAUCUCAAGCGCCACUACAUGGCGUCGCAAGUCGACCCGACCAUGGUCGAAACGAUCCGGCACGGACGCGUCGGGCUGUGUUUCUUCAUGAUGGGCAUCUUUUUACUCUGCGAAGGGAUCAUGAUCUUUAUUCCUCGGACAAUCUCGAUCUCGGAGCGGGCGGCCGAAGACAAGGACGACGACGACUCGCUGUGGAAACCGACGCCGUGGCGCCGUGCCAACGUGAUCUUGACCUGCGCCAUGGUGUCUGUCGUCAUGGUGCUUGUGAUUGAGUUUUCGUUCUGGUCCGAGUUUGGCGCCAAUAUUUUCUACACCCAAAUUUCGUUUGAAGUGAUUGUGCCGACGCUGGUCAUGGUGGUCGACGCGUGUGUGAGCGACGUCCUCCUGUACGCGCCGAUCGUGUGCAUCGUGAACGUUGUGUUUGCCACCGUUCUGAUUGCCGCGCCCGACUUUCUCGGGUUUGUCAUUGCGUCGUUCACCGCGUUUGGCCUCGUGCUCGUUCGCCGCGUGUACAAAAAGCCCACUUUCUUUGCCGUGGUGCACGCACUCAACGAGAUGGUGGCCGGGUCCAAGGCCAUGGGGAAACAAGCCGUCGCGGUCACGCGAUUCUACCUUGGACAAAAGCCCAAACAACCGCCGGUGGGUGGCGACGGGAAAAACCUUGGCAACGAGGAAUUGCUGCCGUCGGUCAAGCCGGACGACGAAGGCGCGACGGUGGAGCCGAUCAUCGAGUGUUGCAUGGAGUACACGAUGGCGACGCUGGCCGUGUUUUUCCAACCGAUCGUGAUUGCGCUGCUCAUGGUGUUUCGGGCCGAAACGGGGCUGUCGACCAACUGGAGCAUUCGGAACCAGGACAUGGAGUAUUACUUUUUCUACUUCACGCUCUUGAUUCCGUUCCAGCUGCUCGCGGACGUGUUCAUUUUGCACGUGAUCGAGCUCUUUCGUGGGUGGAAGUUGUACGACUACUUUGUCUACUGCCGGUAUCGGUUUAUCCAGCGCGAACACCGAUGGAAAGGGAUGGAGCACAACUUGGACGAGUGCAUCGAGCAGAGCGUGCGCCACCUCGACCAAAUGUGUUUUUCGUCGCAGUACUUUUUCAUGUGCGCCGUCCAAGUAUGGGGCAUGCUCAGCCUGAUCUUGGCCAUCGAGAUCAUGGUGCGAAACCAGUACAACAUGUUUGGCGACCCGGCUGCCAUCUACUUGAUCCCGUUCAUGUUGUCCGUGUGCGUCUUCACCCGCAACACGUGCAUGUACGUCGCGCGCAAGUUUGCCUUGUACAAGCUGCGCCACGAAAACACGGCGUGGCACAACGCUCCCGACGACGACGACAGCGGCGUUCCCGACUGGGAAGAGCUCGAGCGCAUCAAAGGCGCAUCGCACGAAGCGUUCUUGAUGAACCAGCGUCUCACGAGCGAAACAUUUCGGUUCAAAUUUCUCAACUACAACCGGCCAUGGAUCGUCGCGCAAUUGCCAAACAUCCUGACCCCGCGGACGCUGCGGCGCGCGCGGCCGUACCUCAUCACGCAGUUUUCCAAGAUCCUGAGCAGCUUGAACACAAACGUAUCUGACGAUGACGACGACGACGAUGGCAAGCCUCGAUUCGGCCCCGUGUCGCUGAAUGCGCCGUCGCGAGAUCUCAUUCGACUGUGGCUUGCCAAGGCUCGCCGUCGGCUCCGCUUGCGCUUGGCCGUCCAGCCCCUCAUCAACGCCGCGCGCAAAGUCGAGUGCGAGAGCUGCCUCAGUCGGCGACAACUGCAGGUCGAAAUGGUGAUUCCCAUCGAAGUCAUGGGCGACAAGUUUGAACGGUCCUACCCAAGCGACGAGUUUGACGUGGCCGAGUGGAAAAAGUACUUUGCCCAGCAUCAAAAGUUCAAGACGUUGUGUCUGAGUUGUCUCGCCAAGCAAAAGCUCGAGAUGCGCAUGCCUGCGCUCGGAGCGAACGCCGACAACGCUGACGACGACAUGGCAGCGGCGACACUCGGGUUUGGCCAAGUGCACUUGAACGCAGCGUCUCGCGCUCUCAUGCUCAAGUGGUAUCGGCUUGGCCAGGACCGCGUGUUUGGGAAAACCGGCAAGCGGCGCGCCGUAGCCAACGUCAGCGACGACGAAGACGACAUUGCAACUCGCGGGGCUGCGUGGGCGAAUCGCCCGGUGCGGCUCAAUGCUGCGUCGACGGCAAUUGCGUUGAAAUGGAUGGUCAGCGCUCGUUUGAAUCUCAAGGCCAAGGUGCAAGGGAAGAAAGUGACUCCCCUCGAAGCGUCUGUCAAACCGAAGCGCAAGAAGCCCCCGACCAAAGAAUCGAUGAAGGCGCAGCGCACCAAGCGCAAGUAGAAUCGGUCAACCCGUGUUGGUGGCAAAUAAAAUACAUGUUGCUUUAUG